CCGAUUCUCCCUAAUCAAAAAACUCCGAUCACACUCGAUGACGUCGACGCCGUCCUCCUCCGCCACCACCAACGUCAUGCUGGCCAUCUUCGAGAAGAAGACCACCCAAAUCGACCUCUACCGCCCCCUCCGCAACUACAUCGCCUUCCACUACUCCGAGCGCGAAGCCCAGAACCUCGAGGACGACCUCCAAACCCUAAAACAGCUCCGCUCCGACUUGGAGCGCACACCCGACCCGUCCCUCCCGGCCCGCCGCGACCUCCUCCAAAAUUACUACAAAGCCCUCUGCCUCGUCGAGACUCGCUUCCCUAUCUCGCCGGACAAGGACCACAUCAACUCCGUCACCUUCGUCUGGCACGACGCCUUCAAGAACAAGCAGAAGGCCUCGCAGCAGAACAUCCACCUCGAGAAGGCCGCCGUGCUCUUCAAUCUCGGCGCCGUCUACAGCCAGAUUGGCCUGUCCUACGAUCGCGCCACCGUCGACGGAAGGCGCCUGGCGUCUCACGCGUUCAUCGCCGCGGCCGGCGCGUUCGCGUUUCUGAGGGACAAUGCGGCGACCAAGGCCUCGAUCGGAAGCUCCACGACGGUGGAUUUGUCGGUGGAGUGCGCCGGGAUGCUGGAGAGGCUGAUGCUGGCUCAGGCGCAGGAGAGCGUCUUUGAGAAUACCAUAGCCAAAGGUAGCACGCCUGGUGUUUGCGCCAAGAUCUCCAGGCAGGUUGGAUUGUACUACGAGGAAGCUUUAGCGGCAGCAAAUUCUCCCACUUUGAACCAGCAUUUUGACAAGGCUUGGGUAUCACACAUGCAGUUAAAGGCUGCUCUCUUUUUCGCAGAAGCUUGCUAUAGGUAUGGUCUGGAGCUACAUGAGAAAGAAGAGAUUGCAGAAGAGAUUGCACGGUUAAAGAGUGGGAUAAGUGCUCUAGCGGAGUCUAAGAAAUCAACUAGGGGGGCAGCUCAACAAAUUUUGGAUGCAAUUAGCAAGUUAGAGGCCAACCUUAACCGUAACCUUGAGAGGGCUAUGAAGGAGAAUGAUAGAGUUUACCUCAUGAGGGUUCCUUCUGUUAGCUCCUUACCACCACUGCCAGCAUUUGCCAUGGUGAAGCCUAUGGCGAUGAGUGAGGUCUUGGAUGCAAGCAAGGAGAAGAUGUUUGCUAGUCUUGUUCCGGACAGUAGUGCAAAAGCUCUUUCAAGGUACACCGAAAUGGUCGAUGAUAUUAUCAGGACACAAGCUGAAAAAUUGCAACAAGCCAGUGAGCUGACUAGAGUAAGGCUCAAGGAAAUGGACCUUCCAGAGUCUAUUCUUGCUUUGGAAGGAAAUUUUACUCUUCCUACGGAUCUUAAAGAAGAUGUGGAGGCAGUGCAGAUUAGUGGGGGCCCUGCUGGUUUGGAAGCUGAGCUGCAGCAACUUAGGGAUUUGAGAAGAGUGAACCAGGAAAUUUUGGUACACAUUGAUGAGCUCUUGCAGAAAGAAGCCAGAGAAGAUUCCCAGUUUAGAAGCCAAUUUGGAACACGGUGGACAAGGCCUCAGUCAAGCACUCUUACUAAGAACUUACAGGAUAGGCUAAGUAGGUUUGCAGCUAACUUGAAGCAAGCUUCAGACAGUGAUGCUCGGAUUGAGCGCUCAGUCAGAGAACAUUCAGCUCUCAUGUCCAUCCUUGAUCGUCACCCGAUUGAAUCUGCCCUCCCAACUCUGGCUAGGCCGAUCAUGUCUUUGGAUGCCAAUGAAGAUGCUAUAUUAGGGGCCCUGAAGCAAAGCUUGCGGCAAUUGGAAACGCUUGGUGCUCAACGAGCAGGCCUUGAAGACAUGCUCAAAGAGAUGAAAAGAAAGGAUGACAUACUUCCUAAGUUGAUGACAUCAACUGGCUCCUAUGAGGAUCUUUUCAGGAAGGAGAUAUCAAAAUAUGAUCUUAUAAGUGAAGAUAUUGGCCACAAUAUUGAGGCACAAGAACAAUUAUUGCUGCAAAUCCAGGCCCAAAAUGAUGAGUUUGCUGCAGUCUUCAAUCUUGAAGAUUACAAAGCAUCUCGUGAGAAAUGUUACAAGCAGAUUCAAGCUGCCAUAGGAAAGUACCGUGAGAUUAAGGAUAACAUAAACGAGGGUUUGAAGUUUUAUGUUACUCUUCAGGAUGCAAUAACUAAUGUAAAGCAGCAGUGCAGUGACUUUGUGAUGACUAGAAAUAUCCAGUGCCAGGAAAUGAUUGAAGAUGUGCACAAACAGAUGGCAGGUCUCAAUUUCCAGGAUUCUAAAAACUCAGCUGCGUACAACUAUCCUUCUGCGGGAAGUCAAAGUCAAAGAUCUGGUCCACAACAGCAAACUGAUCCACGUCCUCAAACAUCCUACUACCGACCACCUGAGCAGCCAGGUUAUUCUCAGCCUCCCCCCUACUCAACGCAGCAGAUGCCUCCUCCGUACCAUGCACCUCCUCAGGCUGGUAGUCCAUACCCUCCCCAUCAAGCUGGUAGUCCAUACCCACCCCCUCAAGCUGGUAGUCCAUACCCACCUCCACAGCAACAGCCCCCUGCAAGCCAUGAAUAUGGUCAACCUGCUUAUCCAGGGUGGCGGGGUCCAUACUACAACGCACAACAAUCUGGAUCGCAUCCGCGACCUCCUUACACCAUCCCACCUCAAUACCCUCCAAACCAGAGUGGCUACUAUAAACCACAAUAGUCAAGUACACCUAUCGUUUGGGCUACAUAAUAUUAUUCAUUGUUCAUUACGUGUUGUUAUAAGUCAUCAUUCGGAUGUAUAGAUGCAGUCUUUUGAGAUGAUAGUCUAUUUGCAUGGCAUAUUUCUGGUUGUCUGGUGGUGUGCUUCUUGCCUUCGUAGCUUAAAACAUUUUUCUCUGUAUAGCUAGGGCAUACUUUUGAUAUGUGUACACAGAAUAAUAAUAAAUUCAUGCAUUUGAAACACUCCGAUUUAUGAACCAGCAGCAUCUUAUCUUUUGCAUU